AUGUUGCUCGAUGAAGCCCAGGAUGCCAGCGGAUCAGCAUGUGAUGAAUGUCCAGGCCAAAGCGCCGCACAGGCCGCACAGGCAACCGAUGAUAUGCCGACAGAAAACGAGGCCGAGACUAUGAGCGCCACAACAGAAAGCCAGGAUGAUGGUGAGUGGACGGUGGAAGACGAUGAGGAAUGGCAGAAAGACACGCAGCGAGACUACUACGAAGCGUUAGGAUUGCCACAUUCUGGUGGGAAGUCUAUCUCCUCGAGCCGAGUGCGCGCAGCGUAUCAUCAUAUGGUGCAGAAAUGGCAUCCGGAUUUUCAAGAAGCAGAAGCAGGGAAUGGUCCACAAAGGACGCGGCGUGAAGUUUUGCGCAGGUUUUGGUUAAUUACCGAGGCAUAUUUGGUCUUGAAAGAUCCAGAAAGGCGCCGCAUUUACGACGAAUGCGGCUUUGCGUGCUUCAAGCAAAGCGAAUCAUGCUAUGAGCAGCCCGUCUUCGAGCAGGACGCAUACCAAGUCUACGAGGAUUUCUUCAAUGGCACUGAUCCCGAAGCACGUGACUUCAUGCUCAUGAAUGGUGGUGCGGCAGACAGCAGCGAAAGCGAUGACAGUAUGGAGGAGGGCGACCUGGCCGUCGGACCCGAACGAGCUGAAAAACGGCAGGCAGAGGCCAGCGAGCCGCAACUGCCUCCAGAGGUUGCCAAGGCAGUAGGAGUCGAGGCGACCUCGUCGGUGGAGCAAGAGUUUCGGUCAAUGCUCAAUGGCGUCUUGUCGUCGAUGCCAUGUCGGGACUCAGGGAAGGGAGGUGAACACGAAGGCUGUCAACACGUUGAGGCAAAGGCAAGAUCCCGAAUGCAAAGGCGUUCAGGUGCCAGGCGUGCCCACGAUUCCAGUGUUUGCAAGGCCUGGAAGUACUGGCGUGGAGCCAAGCUCAGGCGCAGGCAGCCAGGCGGCAACCGCCACUUAAAGGCUCGCAGAGGAUCCGCUCCAGUGCGACAGGAGGACGCGCCCUGCCAGCAGGACGCGCCCUGCCUGCAUGAACUGUCAGCUUGUGAAGCGGACCUUCUGGCAGAGCAAGGGCUGGAUGAAAACCCUAGAGAUGCAGAUCCCUUGCGCGUUGUGGACAGAUUGGCUCGCCUUUUGCCCACCGUUGGUUCAGGCGUAGAGGGCCAAGGCGUAGAGCAGCCAACGACAUUGCACCAGCACCAUGAGGCCCAGGAAGUGCACCUGGAAGUGCACCUGCACUCCGGGCAGGCCUCCACCGGCUCGCCUGCAGCGGUUGGCGCUGCUGCUGCGACGGUGGCCGGCUUCGCCUUGGCAGCAAGAAGCCGCAAGCAGCGCGCCGGAAAGGCCCAGACUCCCCGACACUUCUUUGGUGACGUAGAGACCAAGACACCGGUGGCAGAAGAGGAGGUCGCCACAAGUGUCACGCAGCACCCCGAGGGCAGCCGAAUUCCCGAGGGAACUCCCGUGCCCCACCCGAUGGCCAUCAGGAAGAGGCCGAGGCGGAACCGUCGCCUGCCUGCGCAGCGACACAUGUUUUCGGAAACCAGGCUCACGGCCGCAAACUUCAUCCUUCCCAUCUUCGUGCAUGAGGGAACUGAAGACAUUCCGAUCAGCUCAAUGCCAGACGUGUCGCGCGUCGGCGUGGAUACGGGACUUCUGCGUGAAGUUGAAGAGGCAGUAAAGCUGGGGGUGAAAUCCGUUGUCAUAUUCCCCAAGACGCCGGACGAACUCAAAACGCAGACUGCUGAGGAGUGCUUCAACCCGGCUGGCCUGGCACAACGAGCGAUCAGGAAUGUGAAGCAGGCUUUCCCGGACGUGGUCGUGUACACAGACGUUGCCCUGGACCCCUACAAUUCGCUAGGACAUGAUGGAAUUGUUCGCUCUGAUGGGGUGAUCCUCAACGAUGAAACGAUCGCUUAUCUCUGCAAGCAGGCAGUGUCUCAAGCCGAAGCAGGUGCUGAUUACGUGAGCCCAAGUGACAUGAUGGACGGGCGAGUCGGUGCUAUCCGCGAUGCACUUGAUGAAGCCGGGUUCACGAACGUGGGCAUUAUGGCGUACAGCGCCAAGUACGCCUCUGCCUUCUACGGGCCUUUCCGAGAGGCAUUGGAUUCAAACCCGGUCAUCGCCGAAGACUGGAAGGUUCCCAAAGGUAAGGAGACCUACCAGCAGGAUCCGGCGAACUACAAAGAAGCUUUGUUGGAGGCCGCUUUGGAUGAGGAAGAGGGCGCAGACAUCUUGAUGGUGAAGCCAGCCAUGCCGUACCUUGACAUCAUCAAGGGACUGCACGAGCAGAGCAAUCUGCCAAUCGCUGCCUACCAUGUCUCUGGCGAGUAUGCCAUGCUCAAGGCUGCGGCUCUGAAUGGCUGGCUGGAUGAGAAGGCCGUGGUUCUCGAGGCCCUGCUCUCCAUCCGACGCGCCGGUGCCACUGUCAUCCUCACCUACUAUGCCAAGCAGGCAGCACGAUGGCUGCAAGAAGAGGAUGCCUGA